CAGGAACAAGAUGGCGCCGGGAGCAGCGUUAGCUUCGGGACCAGUUGUUGUCUGAAGGACCGGAGAUCCGGUAGGAUGAACCUCUGCGCCCAGUAUCUACGACAGGCAGAGGCCCUGAAGGCGGACAUGACAG